AGUCGACUCCUGGUGCCUUCAGAAGAAGCCUGUGUGUGUGUGUAUAUAUAUGGACCAUGGAGUGUCUUUCUGCUGUUAUUGAUGAACUUGAGUGCAAAAAGGAGACGCACACAGAUGAUCCUGAACACAAUGUGUACACCCGCUUUAUGAAGUCCCAUCGCUGUUAUGACCUGGUGCCAACUAGCUCCAAAUUGGUGGUGUUUGACAUCUCUCUGCAGGUGAAAAAGGCUUUUUUUGCUCUUGUUUCCAAUGGAGUGAGAGCUGCUCCACUCUGGGACAGCAAGAAGCAGUGUUUUGUUGGUAAAUGGCCGAUACAGUAUGUACAAUUAAUCUUCAGGUAUUCGUUUCCUGUUCUGCUACAUUGUGAUUAUACAUUUCUUAUAGGUAUGUUGACUAUAACAGACUUUAUCAUCAUACUUCAUCGUUACUACAAGUCACCGAUGGUUCAGAUAUAUGAGCUAGAAGAACACAAAAUAGAGACAUGGAGAGAGGUCUAUCUACAAGAUUCCUUCAAACCUCUUGUUAGCAUAUCACCUAAUGCCAGUCUGUAUGAUGCCGUGUCGUCUCUGCUAAAGCACAAGAUCCACAGGUUGCCAGUAAUCGAUCCUCUGACAGGGAACACGCUGUACAUCCUUACUCACAAGAGGAUCCUCAAGUUCCUCAAACUCUUUAUUUCAGAGAUGCCCAAACCAGAUUUCCUGUCAAAGUCUCUAGAAGAACUUAACAUUGGAACAUUCCAGAACAUUGCCAUGGUCCACACCGACACUCCGCUCUACACGGCGUUGGGAAUCUUUGUCGACCAGAGGGUGUCUGCCCUGCCUGUAGUCGAUGAUAAUGGAAGGGUGGUUGACAUAUACUCGAAGUUUGACGUCAUAAACCUGGCUGCGGAAAAGACGUAUAACAACCUGGAUAUUACUGUCACAAAGGCCCUUCAGCAUCGCUCUCAGCACUUUGAGGGAGUUCUCACCUGUCAAGGGCAUGAGACACUGGAGGCCAUCAUCAGCAGACUGGUGGAGGCAGAGGUACACAGAUUAGUGGUAGUAGACGAUCAUGAAGUGGUGAAAGGCAUCGUUUCUCUCUCAGAUAUUCUUCAGGCUCUGGUGCUCACCAAUGGAGACAACGAGUGCAUAUGGACACAAUAAGUGAUAAACCUCAAACUUUCACGUAGGCUCUGCUUGAGCGUCGAGAUGAGAGGAAAAGCAGAGCCGAGAGAGAAACGGACCUAACAACGCACAGCGACAUAAGGCAGGCGGUGGACCUUCAAAAGUUAAUUAUAAAAAAAAAAACACGCAAGGACUCAUUUAAUGUUAGAUUGUAGAAUGAAAAGAAAACAAUGAAACGCGUGCAAAACAAGAGCAAUAUACAGGCGUGAAAGGUGCGAAGCACAACUGCAAUCAUAUUAAAGCACACACCAAAAUCCUUUACCUGUGAAACCUGAAGCAGCUGUAAAGCCCACUGAAACGUGCAGCUUUUCAUUUAUUAUUAUUUAUUACACACACAGUGUAAUGAAGGGAGGGAUGGAAGAUGAGAGCAUAAUAGCAGACAUUGUAUAAAACAGUAUGUAUAAAAAUAACCUUUUUUUUUUUUUUUUUUUUUAACUCUUUCUUUAUUUUUAGUUAAUGUCCUAAUAAGAAUAAUUAUGGUCUCCAUCCAAAAUAUGGGAUGUUACCCAAUGUAAUGAUUUUGGGGGGGGGAAUUAUGAAAAAUUCCUAUUUUUAGAUUAUAUCCUGAAGUUAAGCUGCACAUGUUUGAAGACCAAUUUAAAAAUUCUUUACUAUUAACUACUGACCAGUAGUUUAGUGACCUGAGCUGUUGUGUCCAGCAUCAAGUCCACUUCUUUUGUCCUCUCUUUUUUUUUUUUCUUCUCUCUCUCUCUUCUCAACUCAGCGUCCAGAAAAGCUAGAGGUUUUGCUACUCGACAUGAUUUUAAAUUAAGAGCUAAGGAUUUUAAAUCUUAAUUCAAAAUCUUAAGUUAUAAGUUUGAUUUUUUGUGUGUUUUUGUCAGUGCAUAUCAUCUAUCAUCUUUCACUAUAUGGUUGAAGUGAAUGCAUAUCUUUUUUUUUUUUGUAGAAUCCAGUUCAGCACAUUCAUGCUUUAGGUAUCUUGGUAAGAGCAUGAAGGUAAACUUGAAGUCUUGUUGUGUGGCAGAACAGUGGAGUGUCCUAGUUUUUCAUACAAUACAGUUAAAUAGUGGUUUAUCUCUCUUCUCAUAAUUGUUUCAGUAUUCAUUCAUUAAGACCAGAUUUCAUUUUAAUGCCUUUUUUAAAAAACAUUAUUAGGUCUUGAAGCCAAGAUCUUUAAUGGUGAGUGUGGAUGAUGGAUCUGUUCAGUAAAUCUCAGCAGCUUUUCCUCUAGGUUUUCAGUCAUGGAUGGCUGCUGUCCAAACCAUAGGAAAGGGAAAUGACCAUUCCAUUGGAUUACCACGUGUUUUUGUUGUUUAUUCUUAAUCAGCAAUUGUUUUAUUCUUAAUGAGUAAAACAUGUAUACAAAUAUGUAUAUAUAAAUAUUUACAUUUUAUAUUUCACAUGUCAGUUUAUAAUGCAUGAGUGAAAUAAAGAUUUUAUCUUCAA